UCAGGAUCGUUCAAUUGAUGAGAUUAUCGGUCUUGUAGAAGCAUUUGAAGAUACAUGUGAUGCACUUUGGAAUAGUCAACCAUCCUAUCCGGAAAGUAGAAUGCGUGGUCUUAUUCAGUGCAUGGCAUCAUUCCUUUGCGAAAAGAUAUCAGCAAAGCUAGACGCGCAUCAUCUCUGGAAAAACGUCGAAGCAGUGGAGAAGUUGAAUGGCGCAAUAGCAGCAUGUAGUCAGUGGGAGCUUUCGGUACAGCUUAUGACUGGACAGACUUGGAAACGGCAAAUAGAUGGAGCUUGGCAGGGUGAAGCAGUGGAUAUGAAAUAUUUGCAGGGAUUCAAGAAAAGACUUGAAGAGGUGCGUUCACUAAAACAACUUGGGCCACAAAUAGCUCUUUUGCUAAAUGAACGAGGAGUUCAAAGCGAAGUAGAAACAACAAUCGAAGCGGCAUUGAGAAAUACUGCAGUACUUGACUACAAUCCACUCACAGAGCAUGUAUGGAAUUCAAGAGUGGCGAUGGCUGAAAAGGCCUUGGAUCCUAUCAUUGAACGCACAAUACCGGUGCUGAAAAGCCGGCUGCAACCAAAUAAGCUUGAAAGUCACCAGCGGCUGAUUUCAGAUGACAGCAGAAUUGGAAAAGUAUAA